AUGGCAAUAUUCAUAUUUGAUGGAACCAGUGUCAUUUAUGUUUCGACUUUAGUUGCUCUGAUUCUGAUAUGGGUAGUUAUCAUCGGACAACGACAAAUUUGGAGACAUCGACACAAUGUUGCUCGAGUUAGACCUCAGAUCGCUCUAAACUCUCGAAUAUCAUCGAAAAAUGCUGUAACUCUUCGUGAAAAUCAAUUGGAUGCCGUGAUGCGUCUUCGAUGUGAAAACCAAGCUCGUCUCACAGAUUGUGUUUCGCUUCAAUUCCAUGGUGAGAAACCAUAUGUGCAUCGUAUGAUUGCUGUAGAUGAAGUGGCUCUAGAAAUCGAUGGUCAAUUGAAUAGAAUCGAAGGAGCAGUUCAACGACAAGCAGGCGAAUCCACGUAUUCGUAUUUGAAGAGAAUUCGAGAGAAAGUUCCAUCGAUUCCAUUAAAUCUGGUGCAGAGAAUCGCUUUUCUGCAAGAAGCUGCGAGAUAUCGACCGGAGAAGUUUGCAGUUGAACAAGUGAUGGAAUUGAGAUCAUCACUCAAUCAAUUUGUAAAAAUCCUGUCAGCAGAAUACGAAUCAUUGGCCGACGAGCCAGAUAUGGCUGCUCCACGUGGAGUCAUCGCGUCAUUUUAUCAAUUUGGACAAAAAAUCAUGCCGAAUAACUCAGGAUCGAAAAGAAGAAGAAAUAAGUUUGGAGGAAGUGACGGUGUCCGCCUUCUUAUGAAAGAACGAGAAGAACAAAUGUCUCUGUUAUCUCCACUGGCUCGUCAAUCUGCAGACUCACCGGCUCCUCAUUUGAGACGACAAUCCGAUUCCCAUUCUGCUCUCUUGCCACAAUAG